AUAAAAGUUAGCGUGCGCAGAGGAGAGCUGUCAGACUGUGCAGAGACGAGCCAGAAACCACAAGCCAAAGCGGACUCCCACCAUCAGGACCAAGAAGACCAGACAUGCAUUCCACGCGUGGGUUCUGAGCCGCUAAGGAAUUGUUUAAAAUGAUUUUUAUCCACCUGAACUGAACUAGUGGGAUAUUCCAGAAGACAACUGAGGAGGAUUUCAGUCUCUAGUGGUGGAUGAGAUGCCAUCAGUGAUGCGUUAAAGGACCAAUAAUCAAAUCUGAUAAAGUGACAUCAACUCGGGUCUUUUACCAGAUCUUAACACUGGAUUGUAGCAGCAGCAGCCGCGGCAGCAGCCCACCUCAUGGUUUAAAAGGGUGUUAAUGCGCGGGAAGGGAGUGGGACACUUCCAGGAUGAGUGAGCGAUCCACGCAGUUUGGAAGCAAAGGGUUUUUACUCAUCAUGGUGCUUGCCAUCAGCAUCUGGGACAUGUCUGAGGGCUCGACAGCGGCGCAGCAUGUUCCCACAGGCACCUGCGAGGUAGUUGCCUUGCGUCGCUGCUGCAACAAGAACAAAAUCGAGGAGCGCUCACAAACCGUCAAGUGCUCCUGUUUUCCGGGCCAAGUGGCCGGCACCACCAGAGCGGCCCCUUCCUGUGUAGAUGCCUCCAUAGUGGAGCAGAAGUGGUGGUGUCAAAUGCACCCGUGCCUUGACGGCGAAGAAUGCAAAGUUCUCCCUGAUCUGAAGGGCUGGAGCUGCGCGACGGGCAACAAGAUCAAAACCACAAAGAUUUCUGCAGAUCGAGACCAACUUUGGUAACAUCACAUACUGCACUUCACCAGGGAGUCAUGUUGAAUGUGCGAAGGCGAAUCACAAGAAGAGGACUUUUUUGUAAAUAGAGACUUCCUUUCUUCUGGACUGAAAUGAAUCCUUGGAAAACGGUCAGUCCCGAAUACAUUCCACGGGACGUCCAAUCAAGUUCUUCUUCUUGAUAGAAGCCUAUACGGGACAACAGGAUUCACGCUCUUAUACCGUACUGCUCGUAGUGGAAUACAAAUGGUGAACUUUGCCUAAAUGUUCAAUUCUAGAGUCAUAUGUCCUUUACAGGUUUUGGUUUGUUGAGCCAGAUGACUGCAAACAUUGUGAGUGACUGUCACCUCUAACAAGGUAGCUUCAGAGGUUGAACGAGAUGAAAUGAGUAGCAGAUAUUCAGGGGGAUUUUUCAAAGAAAUACACAACCACACCGACGUGUCUCUGCCUGGAAUGUCAUUAUGCAACAUGUUUCCUUUACACAUUUAAAAAUAACUUAGCGAAGGGAUUUGCAUAAAAAUGCAUUCAGAAGCAAGAAUCACGUCAAUGAUAGCUGGAGUUGUUAUCUUCACGACAUUGUCUAAACGUAGCCCACUUUUCUGAUAUUUUUCCUCAGGUAGGUAGCUACAGUAUCUAGACCAGGGGUGUCCAAACGUUUUCCACCAAGGGCCACAUAUUGAAAAAUGAAGGAUGCAAGGCCCACUUUGAUAUUCUGUAAAGCAGCAAAUAUAGAUAUGCUAAGAACUUAUAUAUGUAUACUUCAAGACAAAAACUGUAUCUGAGCUUUGCAAUAUUGGUGAAAAAGCAUAUUAUUAGUAUGUCUUGUGGUCUUUGCUCUUUUUUUUCCCCAUUUUUUUUGUUAAUUUUUUUCUUAAAUAAUCUUAGUCAAUUUUGUUCUUGUAUUAUGACUUCAUUCCCAUGAUAUUUGAAUUUUUUUCUCAACCAAAUUUUACAAAAACUACAACUUUCUUUAGUUUUGUUUGUUUCUCAUAUUAAGACUGAUUAGGACCAUAUGUUAGUAAAAUACUAUUAUUUUCCUCAGGGUUUAUUCUUGUGAAAUUGUGAUUUUUUUUCUCAUUAGAGUACUUUUUUUCUCUUAAUAUUUUGACUUUAUUUUUGUAAAAUUACAGCUGUUUUUUUCCCAUUUCUGCUGUUUUUCCACAACUAUUUCAACAUACUUGUAAAUUUUCUUCUCAUAACUAUGCUAUAUUUUGACUUUAUUCUCGUAACAUUAUAACAUUUUCCGCAAACGAAUAAAAAAAAACUGUCAUUUGUUGUUUUGUUUAUUUUUCAUAACAUUAUGAGUUUAAGAAAUGUCUCUUUUCUUUUAUAUUUUAACUUUAUGGUACUAAAAUGACAUUAUUUUUCAUCAUAAUAAUGUUAUGUUAUUCUCGUAAAAUUCUCAUUUUGAUUUUGUUCUUGUAAAAUUGCUGGUGAUUUUUUUGUAAUUUUUUGUAGUUUUCUUGUUAAAUUAUUUGUAGAACGUGUUGCAGCACAAUCAAAAAAACAACCACGGGCCGCUAAUGGCCCAGGGCCGCACUUUGGACACCCCUGAUAUAGACAUACAGAGAGACUAAUAACAUAAUAAUAAUAUGACUGUUUUCAACCCAACUAUGACAUAACAUGUCUUUUGUCUGACUAAGUGAGAUCAGUAAUAAACUGUGGUUGUGUAAUUCAAGGCUUGUGUUUUUGAGCAUCGACGCUGGCAACUAAUUCAAUAAACAUGUUUCAUUUCUUACAAGUGUACUGUAUCUGUGCAAUAGAUACACUUGUGAUCUCGGGCGAGUUGCAAAGUUCUAAAGACUGAAACUGAAAUGAUGGCCUUUAGGGGUGUCACAAGAUCUUGUGUCACGGGAUCUCGCAAGAUUAAAACGGGAUUUUGUCUCGUGGAACGAUAAUAAAUAAAUUAACUAAACACACAAUAAAUGAAAAUGAACUUGAUCAUUUUGCCGGCCUCAAUACAUUGCCAUGUGAAUGCGUGUCUUUUUUCCUCGUCUCCCGCCUCCAAACAGGCAGGAAGAGGAUUCACUCUGUGCAUUGGUUUCGGCACCUUGGCACGUUUGUUCCAUAGAACAACGGUAUGAACGGAGUGAGCCCUUUUGUCAGUCACACAGCCUCUUUGUCUUGGUGGGCGGAGGCAGGGCCAGUAGCAUACACACAAGAGUGCAGAAGAGUGUAACUAUAUUGUCAUACAUUUUUUCAUUGUACUUUUCUUUAAAGUAAUGUUAAAAUCUUGACUCGUGUCGUUCUCAUAGACCCAAUCUCGUGUAUCGUCUCUUCUCGUGAACCGAGUGUCUCGUGACACCACUGAUGGCCUUUGUUAGCGCUACCUAUCUGCUAGUCAGUAUACAAAGUGUUGAUCUCUGUUAAUAGACAACAUCUCAGAGAUUACAUUUUCAGUGUCUGCAACAUUAAGGCUAUUAAAGUGUCAGAGAAAAUAAACAUUACAUCGUGGAAAGUCAAUGUUUCACUCUUCCAUUUACAGCAGUUGCACAAUAUUAUGUGGUCAGCAAUUAAACAAGUUGUAUGGUGAACUCUUCUGGGGAACAAUAGUUAAAACUGCUUGGAAAAGGGCAGGAACUGCUCAAAAGGAUGGAGAAGCUGAAGAAAAGCCUUAUAGAGGCAAUGUCCUGUUGCUGCUGAUCUCUUAGCGGGUUACCACCUCGA